GGGUGAUUGCCAACAAGUAGAAAGCGACGACGAGAUGGCUGAAGCUCCUCCGCGUCUGAUCCAGCUCGACCUGCCGACAGGCUCCAAGCUGGGCGUCGCCAUCACGCCGCCCAAGCAUGGCGUUACGAUCCGCGGCCUCAAGAUCGACAAGGUCCAGAACGAGCUCUUUAUCGGGCAGAUCUCGCACGGCGACCUCCUCAUCGAGAUUGGUGGCACGCCCCUCGAUGGCAUGAAGUUUGCCGACGCCGUCAACCUCAUCAAGACGAUGCCACGCCCACUUGCGCUCACGUUCGAGAUCGUGCCCAUGUCGCUCAAGAAGAUGGCCACGUCGGCCGAGGUCGACAGCCUCGACGUCAACGUCACGUCCUACAACGUCGUGUUUGACGACGCCAAGAUGGGCCUCAACCUCGACGACGGCGCGCGCUUUGGCAUUGACGGCGCGAUCGUCAAGGGCGUCCGCGACUAUGCCGAAGAGUCGGGUAUCUCGCCCGGCGACAUCCUCUACAAGGUCAAUGGCACCGAAGUGCUCUUCAUGUCGCUCAAGCAGGUCCAGAACCUCAUCAAGGCCACAUUGCCACCGCGGUCGCUCGACUUUAUCCCAAAGACAAACCUCGAGGAGGUCCAGCGCAUGAACCUCAACAUGUCGGUCGUCGAGAAGAACGUGCGCGUCGCGCGCGCCAAGCCGACGGCCGCUCCGACUGAGAAGGCGGCGCCGGCGCCGGAAAAGUCGAUCACCGAGAUCAUCCAAGAGAACCGAUCGACCGUCAUCAAGGAAGGUCCGAUGUACAAGCAAGGCCGCAUGGUCAAGAACUGGAAGAAGCGCCACGUCGUGCUCGCUGUCACGAAGCUCGAGUACUUCAAGGACGCCAAGGACAAGACGUCGCAGGGCGUCGUCAACUUUGAAAACUGCCGCUGCACCGUGCGGUCGCUGCCGUCGACGUCGGCCAAGCUCACGGGCGCGCCGGGCGACUACCUCCUCGAGCUCAAGGCCGGCGACCGCGAGUUCAUCAUGUCGUGCACGUCCGAAGACGAAAAGAUGGAGUGGCUCGAAGCGCUCAAGGUCGCGAUCGAUGCGUCGAAAGCACUGUGUCGAACGUCAUCCGAGGUCGACGCGCUUCGGUCGACGCAGCUCGGGCGCAGUAGCACGCGCCGCAUGCCAUCGAUCAGCGAAGACAGCAGCAUGUCGCUGCUCUCGCGCACGAACCGCCGGCUGUCGGUGCAAGGGCUCAACCUGAGCAUGCAGGCGAUCCCCGAGCUCCCGAGUGCGCCGUCGAUCCGCAUCCCCAAAGAUCCGUCCAUGCGCAUCUCAAGCCUCGUUGCCGGCGGCCCGACCGUCGACAUUGAAGUCAUCUCGAUCCAGAACCUCACGAAAGCCUUCUUUCACGUGGUAAUGAACCCGUACUGCGAAGUGACGCUCGGCUCCGAGACGUUCAAGACGCCGGUCGUCAAGGACUCGCUCAACCCGCGCUGGGCCCAGGACAACAAGGUGACAUUUGGCGUCCCCGGCGACGACGCGCUCAUCGAGAUUCGCGUGUUUGACGAGCGCAUGAUCCGCGCGGCCGAGCUCCUCUCGACGUUUACGAUCCCGAUCGCGUCGCUGCCCAACAAGACCAAGAUGGAGCAGACGUACUCGCUCAUCCUGGCCGACCGCAGUGCGCACGCGUCCAUCACGAUCAGCCUCCGCUACAACAACGACGAGUUCGAGCAAGAAGAGACGACGACGCCGGCCACGUACGGCAUGCGGGACUCGUCGCUUAUGCGUGCAAAGAACCAGAUGGACUUGGAGCAAGCGCAGUUUGAUGCGCUGACCAACCAAGCCGACCAAGAGGCGGCGGUGGCCGACCGCGUCGCCAAGCAAGCGCAAGAAGCCGCCAACGCGCUGGUGGAGGAAGCGCGGAAGAAGGCCGAGGCUGCGAUCGCCGCCGCCAAGAGGGAUGCGAUGGGCGAGCGCGCGGCGGCCGAGGCUGCGAUCGCCGAAGCCCGGCAUGCGCAGGAGCGCGCGGAUACGCAGAUGGCCGAAGCGAAGAAGGCCCAAGAGGAGGCGCAAAAGCUCAUUCAACGGAGCAAGCUCAUCAAGCAAAAGUCGUUUGCGGGCGGUACCCACCUUUUCACCAACUUUUUGCGCUACCGUGCAAUGCUGUACGAGAAGGCGCCGGAAGCCGACGUCAAAGAGAGUAUGCUCAAGGACGGCAUUGACGAGGAGGCGGCCAACCAGUUUCUCGAGUCGAUGCGCAGCAACCACGAGCGCAUGGCCGAGCUCGAGCGCGAGGUUGAGCAGCUCAAGCGCGACAACAGCAUCAAGCGCAAGCAGAUCCAAGUGGCCGCGCCGCCGCCCGCGCCCCGCGAGAGUGCCGCCGACAUGCUCAAGAACAAGGGCGAGAUGUCGAGCGACCAAGAGGCGUUGCUUCGGCGUCUCCUCAAGCUCGAGAAGCAGCUGCAGCAGGCCGGUAUCGCGGUCGCCGACGACAUUCCGUAUGAAGAAGCCAAGAAGAAGGUCGAGGAAAUCUCGCGCCGCAUGGGCGAGAUCGGGUCGGCCGACGUGACGCAUCCCGAUCCCAAAGUCCAGAAGGACCUUCGUGAAGAAUACUUCAAGCUCGAGCAAGACAUGGAGAAGUACAACGGCGCGCUCAUGCUCACGGACGAGUAUGCGGCCGAGCAAGCGCGGAAGGAGCGCGAGUGGGAGGACGAGAAUGCCGAGGCAAACGCGCUCGCAGUCAAAGCGAUCCGCCGCAUGAUGCCGGUCAACAUCAAGUCGCUCUCGGAAGCGCAGCUCCAGAACGAACUCACGCCCAACGGCAAGAAGUUUACGCGCGAAGUCGCGCUCAAGUACAAGCGCACGGACGUGCUCCAAGUGCUCCGGACAGACCCGUUGGAUUUGGCGAAAGCGCACCCGAGUACGCUCGACUGUCUCCGCGUCACGGGGCUCACGGUCACCGAGCGCCGGGCGCUGCACAUGCAUUUGCGCGACAUUGCCGAGGGCUGGAGGUCGCAGCAGAAGGAAGAGAUGGCCGGGCGCAAGUUUGCGUUCUUCAAGAGUCUCAAGGACACGUUCAAGACGGCUGCGAAUGCGUACAACCGCCACGUUGCGCAGUACGGUCCGCCUGGCAACCACCCGUACGCGACGCGUGACGAGCCUGGUGUCGGCUGCCCAAUGCUCGGGAAGCAGUGCCCGCUCAAAGCCGACGCGGCCCCCGCGUACAACCAAGACUGGGGCUACCCGGACGGUCCCGAGUUUGUCAAGACCAAGGUGCUCAAGAGUGCGGCGGAUGAUGCAGGUGCGCAGGCCAUGGCCGAAGCCGCGGCGCUCCUCAAGGCCAAGGCCGCCGACGCCCGCGCGCAGCAGCGCUCGGAGGGCCUCAAGGCCCACUACUCGAGCUUCAAAGGCUCGCUCGUGCUUGUGAAGGCGGCCAACGGCGCGAUUGAAAAGAUGGAGGAGCUGGUCGACAAGAUCGAGGCGCGCCAGAGCGAGUGGUUCAAGCGAAUUCUCGAGAAGAAGGCGACCAACAAGAUCGAAGUCGCCGACUUUGACGAGCUCAUCAACGAGAUCCGGCUGACGACCAACCCGAUGGCCGAGCGGUCGGGCAUGAACCUCGCGGGCCGGCGCAACCCGGAGAAGGACACGCCCGACACGCGGUCUGGCCUCGAGAUCCAGUACUGCAUUUUGCUCAUUGACGCUGUCCUCGACCUCUUCAGCGGGAUCGAAGACCGCAUGGCCAAGAACAAGUUUGACGAAGAGAAGCGACUCGUUGGUGCGAUGAAGGCCGUCACGGAUCUCCUCAAGGAACUGCGCGACCGCUGCAGCACGACCUUGGGGGCACUGAGCGACAAGGCGGUGAUUGCGCGCAAGGUGAAGGGCCGCGCUGAGCUACUUGCCGAAGUCAAGGACGAGAUGCGAAAGGAAGCGGAGAAGGCGGCGCCGCCACCGCCUGCGGACGAAGAAGCGCCAGUGCGUCCGCCCAACCCGUUUGGUGGUGGUGGUGGCCGUGGCAACCCGCUCAUGGCGGCGAUCGCCAAUAGAGGCAAGAAGGGCGAUGACGACGACGGUGACGCGCCGCCCGCACGCCCCAACCCGUUUGGUGGUGGUCGCGGCGGCGGCAACCCGCUGCUUGCCGCGAUCCAGAACCGAGGCAAGAAGGGCGGCGACGACGAUGACGCACCGCCGGCACGGCCGGCCAACCCGCUCAUGGCGGCCAUUGCGGCCCGUGGUAAGAAGGGCGAUGAUGACGCGCCGCCCGCUCGACCAGCCAACCCGCUCAUGGCGGCGAUUCAGGCCCGUGGCAAGAAGGGCGAUGAUGACGCGCCGCCCGCUCGACCGGCGAAUCCGUUGAUGGCGGCGAUCGCGGCGCGAGGAAAGGUGGGUGGUGACGACGACGACGCGCCGCCGGCGCGGCCUGCCAACCCGCUCAUGGCGGCGAUUGCAGCUCGAAAGAAGAUUGAGUAAUUUGUGCCGCCGUAAUAUUAGCUACUCGUUGGCAUCAGGCAACGUGUUAACAUCCAGGUGCAGUUGCUGGCGGAACAACGGAAAG